UUAACUGAGAUCCUGUUAAAUGUGUGGCAUGUAAUAAUUGCCGUGUCAUUGGUUUAGACAAUGUACAUGUAAGAUCUAAAUUACUCAGUGAUCACUUCCACUGCUGCUUGUAAGGAAGUUACAAUUGAGUUUUAAAUUGUUUAAUUACUGUAAUUAAAAAAGGAACUAGAACUUAUUCAGAUUUAUUUACAUCCACCAUUAAGCGGGCAGGCUCACCCGUCUCUUACACAGUGGGCAAGAUGCCACCAACACCAGAUCUGAAAGCGGUCAUCAAUGACCUGACCAGCAAGAACAAGGUGAUGGUGUUCAGUAAAACCACCUGUCCAUUCUGUAUCCAGGUGAAGGAAUUAUUUUCUUCAAUUAAGGUGGACUACAAGGCCAUGGAGUUGGACACUGAAAGUAAUGGGACAGCAUUACAGCAUGCCCUCGCAGAGAUGACGGGUCAGAGAACUGUUCCCAGUGUUUUCAUCAACGGUAAACAUCUAGGUGGCUGUGAUGAUACAAAGAGAGCUCACAGAGAAAAUAAAUUGUUAGCAAUGAUAAAUCCACCUACAGAAAAGUAUGACUAUGAUCUCAUUGUGAUUGGGGGUGGUUCUGGCGGCCUGGCAGCAUCUAAGGCUGCAGCAGCCCUAGGAAAGAAAGUAGCUGUAUUUGAUUUCGUGAAACCUACACCUAUUGGAACUACAUGGGGUCUAGGAGGAACAUGUGUAAAUGUAGGAUGUAUACCCAAAAAGUUGAUGCACCAGGCUGCUUUACUAGGUCAUAGUUUCCAUGAUGCUAAAGCAUUUGGAUGGCAAAUGCCAGAAUCUAUUCAGCAUAACUGGGAAACAAUGAAAAAUGCAAUUCAGGACCAUAUAGGCUCUCUUAACUGGGGUUAUAGAGUACAGCUCAGGGAUAAAAAAGUGGAGUACAAGAAUGCAUAUGCAGAAUUUGUGGACACACACACUGUUAAGGCUGUUGACAAAAAAGGAAAGGAGAUAUCUUAUACAGCAGAUAAAUUUAUACUUGCCACAGGUGAACGACCAAGAUACCCUGAUAUACCUGGGGCAAAGGAAUAUGGUAUUACAAGUGAUGAUUUGUUUUCCUUGCCGUAUUGUCCCGGUAAAACCCUAGUGGUGGGAGCAUCAUAUGUCUCGCUGGAAUGUGGCGGGUUUCUACAGGCACUGGGUCUUGAUGUUACGAUUAUGGUACGCUCAAUCUUGCUGAGAGGGUUUGAUCAACAGAUGGCUGAGAAGAUCGGAGAAUACAUGGACAAACAUGGAAUGAACUUUAUACGACCAUGUGUCCCUACAAAGAUAGAGCAGUUAGAGGAAGGUAAACCAGGAAAAUACAGAGUUACAGGACAAUAUAAUGAUGGAACACCUUAUACAGAUGAAUUCAACACUGUGUUAUUUGCUAUAGGCAGAGAUGCAUGUACAAACAAUAUAGGACUGGAUAAAGUGGGCGUAAAUGUCAACAAAAGUGGAUUUAUACCAGUAGAUGACAAUGAACAAACCAAUAUAUCAAACAUAUAUGCUAUAGGUGAUAUUCUUGAAGGUAAACCUGAGCUGACACCAGUUGCUAUACAGGCUGGUCGACUUCUAGCCAACAGAUUGUUCUCAAAUAGUACAACUUUAACUGACUACAAGAAAGUGGCCACUACAGUAUUUACUCCACUAGAAUACGGAGCUAUUGGCUAUUCUGAAGAAGAUGCCAUCAAAGAAUUUGGCGAGUCAAGCAUAGAGGUGUUUCAUACAAACUUCCGUCCUCUAGAGUGGACAGUGCCUCAUAGAGAAGAUAAUGCCUGCUAUGUUAAACUUAUAUGCCUUAUUCCAGAUGAUAUGCGUGUGAUAGGACUUCAUGUGCUUGGUCCUAAUGCAGGGGAGAUAACCCAGGGAUAUGCUGUAGCAAUGAAGCUCAAUGCAACCAAAGCUGACUUUGAUGAUACUAUAGGUAUCCAUCCCACAUGCUCCGAGGUAUUUACUGUAUUAGAUGUUACCAAGAGGAGCGGUGGUGAUGUUAGCCAGUCUGGUUGCUGAGGUUAAUCCCUGCUGCUGAACUUAUUCACAAUAAACUGACAACCAGUCGACUUUAAAGAUUCUUCAAUUCAUGGAACCAGACGUUAAUUGUGUAACCAGUCCAGUUCUGAACAGUCUACAGAUUAGUAAACAAGUGAACACUUGUGGAACCAGUCUACUUCUUAGAACACUGAAAUUAAAAUAUUAACAUUUAAAUAAAAAAAAAACAUAUGAUAGAGGUAUUUGACAGAUACUGAAUACAAAUGGAAUUUUAAAGACUGCAUCAAAGUAUUACUGAUUCUUAUCAUUUUGUUCUUUCAAAAAAGUCUAGUCAAACUUUGUGGGGUUAGUGAUUCUUUAAUGAUAAAGAUCUUUCGACAGACAGAAUUUAAAUAUGCCUGUUAUGAAUACAGGAGUUUUACAUUGUUGAUGGACAUUGAUAUAACUGAAUAGUUGUACAAUUAUUUUUCUGGUUUAUUUGAUGUUUUGAAGAGUUUAUUGUUUUGACAGGUUGGUUUCAAGUUUUUAGUGAAUUCAGCAGCAGGGCUUUAUGCUUUUUGGUGAAUCAGUCUAGCUUUUGCAGACUGUGCUCUGCUUGUAUGACAGACUGGUCCAAAAACUCAAAUGAGUUGGACUGGUCUUGAUGUAAACUAGACUGAUUCACAAUUUUUUGUAAUAACAUGGCAGGUAAGAGGUGGAGAUCCAUGUCUUUCAGGCUUGAAAUUUUACAAGUUCUUUUUGCUUGUUAUAAAAUCCAAGCAAAGUGGAAAAUGUAAGGAAAGAGAGAUUUGAAUGGAUGAAUUUAGAUUGACUUUCUGAUUGAUUUUAAGUUAAUUCUUCGCAAAAAAUCAUAGAAUUUUAAGCAAAUUAAUAUCUUCAAGAUUAAGAUAAACUUUCAUGCAUAGAUGCAAAACUUUUUGUGUCUUCAUUUUGUAUUGAUUAUAUUGUUUUGCAUCAACCCAUUGUUUGUCAUGCAUUAUAUUAUAUGCAUUUUAAACUUCAUUAACUUUGAAAUAGACAAUGUUCUUCUUGAUAUUGGUUAUAAACAUGUACUAUGUUUAAAAAACUUGGGAAAUGUUCAAGUGCUCUAUGUGACGAUAUAUUCCUAGUGUUGUAUGAAGAAUUAUUGUGAUGAAUAGAAUGGUAAUAUACCAUAAUAGUUUGUUCCUGACUUACAAUAUUUACCUCCCUUUAGAAUGGUAAUAUACCAUAAUAGUUUGUUCCUGACUUACAAUAUUUACCUCCCUUGCCAAAAAUGAAAAAUGACGGCCACAUUUGGGGUCAAUAUUUUACGUAAUAUAAUUGUCAAUAUUCUAUAUAAUACACACUGUAAUUAGACAAAAUAUGAAAAUGUUAAUAUAAAUAGCUGAUUUUGGUUAAUUGUCAAAAAAUUUUACACAUUAUUAUAACACUAAUAUGUGAAAGGUUUUUAUUAGUUUUCAUGAAAAUGAUAUAGAUAGAAUGUGUGAGAUAUUUAUCUAAUAUUAACAAUAUAAUAUAUUGGGAAUGACCAGGGGAGGUAAUAAUUGCUAUGUGAAAAGCAUCUAUAUGAAACAGUAUUGUACCAUAACAUAUUACCUUAUAAGGAUAUAUAAUAGUUCAUCUUAAAUAGUGACAGCGAUGUUGCACAAACAUGUAUUUAUUAUUCAUUUUGAUGAAAUUACAGUAUGUCAUAUUUUAUUUAGAGAAGCAUCUCAGAAUAAAAAAUCUUAAAUGAAAAUGAAAAUAUACACAUGUACCUGCAAUACAAAGAAAUUUGAAGCUUUAAUCAAAAGUGAUUUAUAUUUUUUACAUUAUUGUAGCUUUGAAUAAUGGAGAUCUAACCUUUGAAAGACUUCAAAUUUUAUGCUAAGAAAUUAUUAAUUUCUGUUUUAUGUCAAGUGAUUUUUGUAAGCAAUAAUUUACAUUUGAAGAUAUAAUUUAUAUUUUCACUUGAUAGAUAUUAUAUUGUAUCAAUUUUGGCCUAUCUUAACUUUGGUUUUUGUUUCUUUCUUUUUUUAUUUCACAUUGCUCAUCUGUAUGUUUCUUAAUGAUUUUUUUGCACAUUUUGCUUAAAGGAAUCCUUUUUGUUUCUUUGUUAAUAGACUGUGCUGUGUAACAUUGAAAUCAUGUCGUAAUCAAUUAGAUAUGUGUAACAAUUUUUUAAUAAUACAUGUAUAUUUUUGACUGACCAAAAAGUACAAAAUUAGCUGCAUGUACUUUCUACUAUUUGCCCCAGAUGUAGGUAGUGGACGUCUUAUUUGUGAUAUAAGAAUCAUGAAAUUUAUCAGCUUAAAGUGCAUUAAAAAAACUUGAUAAGUGCUAACAAAAUAAAAAGUGCUAACCAAAUAAAAAAGUGCUAACAAAAUAAAAAAGAUACACAUCUGUUAUGAUAACAUCAUGAAAUUAGUAAAAGAAAAAAAUAAUUGGUUAUUGUUUCAAAUAAAACUGUUAUGAAAUAA